AUGUACCAAAACUUCCUGUUAAACUACGAUGAAGCUAAACGUUGGCGCGUUCCAACAGCGGGAACGGCUGCUGCGCCGACCGCUUUGGAUCCCGGUCGCAGCAUCGGGGCAGGACCCGCAGUACAGGAACAAACGAAUGGAGAGCGGUAUAAGAUUCUCGUCGAUAAAACCGGCAUCUAUCGCCUGACGAGCGAUGACUUACGUCAAAAAUGGGGGAUUGAUUUGAGCGGGCUUGAUCCACGGCGUUUGCAUCUUAGGACGAACGAUAGGGAGGUUCCAAUAUACAUCUACGGUGAAGAGGAUGGGCGUUUUGACCGCGGCGAUUUCAUCGAUUUUCUCGGCAUAGAUGCAAAGAAUCGAUAUACAAGGUGGAAUGUCUAUUGGCUCGGUGCUGAACGCACACGGGGAGCGCGUGUUUCUGAAAUCCACGCCAGUCCUGAUAAUCCAACAGCAAAACUGGUUCCUAGUUUCCGCUCGAAACUUUACUUUGAGGAAGACCAUUUUCACAAUAACUUGCGACAUGCUGACCCCAGAGACGUUUCGCCAGAUGACAAGCACGGCUGGUUUGAAGCACUUGACUUCUGGUACUGGACCGGUGUCAAAAACUUGGCUGAUGCAAAUGAAGUGGAUCUCGAAUUUCCGCUUUACGACCUCACGCAGAGUUUCGAUCCAUCGAAUGUCCGCGUCACCUUGCAAGGCGGAACACCAACCGAUCACGAGGCUCUAGUUUCGAUUAACAAUAUUCGGAUUGAUGAGGUGAAGUGGCCAAGCCAAGAUGUUGCCACAGUUGAUAAAACGCUACGGGUUUGGAACAACUUGCGGGAUGCAACCAAGGGCGAAAAGAAUGUGAUUACCCUCGCUCGAAUUGAUACCACAGAAGAAGAAAAUACCACAGCCUUUCCUUAUCACGUUUAUAUUAAUUCUUUCGAGGUCGAGUAUACGCGCUUGCUAAAAGCGGUCAACGACUCCCUUGAAUUCACCACACCUGCUACCAUCGAUCCAUACAACGCCCGAAGGCAGCGUCGGUUGGAAUAUACUGUCCAGACCUUCUUAUCCCCAGAUGUGACAAUCUUUGAACAUGACGGUGAGGUAUUGGUCUCAAAGUUCCAAAACCCCAAGAUUGAGCGUGUAGAUCUGGACCGAGCUGAACGCAACCGCCUCCGCGAAAUCCACCGCAUCAAUGCCGAAGCUGACGGUACAAGUCAACCUUCAUUACAGGACAUCCCGCGGGUUGCCUAUAACGCAACGUUUCAGAGUGUACGUCAGCCGGUUCUGGUUGAGGCGUCGAUGCCGAGCGAUCUGCUCUCUCCCAGCAAUGGUGUGGAUUACCUGAUCAUCAGUCAUCCGGUAUUCCUUGAACCAUCGAAAAGGUUGGCACGAUGGCGAUCAACGCCAAAAGGCGGCGGAUACCGAACGAAGGUCGUUGAUGUUACACAGAUUUAUGAUAUCUUCAGUAAUGGCAUGGUUAAUCCGCAAGCUAUCAAGGACUUCCUGACCUAUGCCUAUAAAAAUUGGCAAUCGCCUGCGCUCUCUUAUGUCACAAUUAUGGGAGAUGGAACGUACGAUCACCGUGGGGUUGAUAAGGAAGUCUAUCCAGAACCUCCAGAAUUGACGGGAUACAUCCCGACCCAUUAUAUCUGGACCAUUUCUUUUGGGAAGACUUCGGUUGAUCACUGGUACACAACCGUAAAUGGUAUUGACGAACUACCCGACUUCUACAUUGGAAGACUGAGCGUGGAAACGCUUGAACAGGCCGAAAACGUUGUUGAUAAACUCAUCAACUAUGAGGAUAAACGACCCAAUGGGAAUUGGCGCCGCCGGAUUCUCUCCGUAGCAGAUGACGAAAUCAAUAACUCCGGCGACGAGAUUUUCAAAAGGAGUUUGACCGCGCUUUCAAAAAACCAGGCGCUGCUUGGUUACGAAAACGUACCUAUCUACCUUGAAGAUGUAAUUGACAAGGUUGAAGCGAAUAAGGCAGCUUACCCUGAACUACCACAACGGGUGGCAAAGGAUAUGAUUAUUGACGCAAUGGGUGAUGGUGCGGUUAUCGCGCAAUAUGCAGGGCAUGGUGGUCGAAUUGUUUGGGCGCAUGAGGCGAUCUUUGACAACCGGGCAGUUGAUCAGGUGAGUGAGACAGAUCACCUCCCAUUCAUGCUGGUGUUGAGUUGUUAUAACGGCUAUUUUGAUGCGCCCGGCGAACCGAGCAUGGCGGAGAAACUACUCCGAAAGCAUAAAAGCGGAAUUAUUGCUAUGUUGAGUGCCACGCGCCUUACCUACGGCAGCGGUAACGACGCACUCAAUAAUAUCAUUUUUGAUAUGAUUUUCCAGCGAAAUAUACGGCAACUCGGACCAAUCAGCUUCGACUCGAAGAUCGAACAGUUAAUAGAGGAUGGUCGCGGACAACUCAAUGUCAUGCUGGAGUAUACUCUCUUCGGCGAUCCAGCGAUGAACCUCGCUAUGGCGGACUAUGAGGUUCAGGCGAAUAUUGAAACACGAACCGUUGCAGCCGGACAACUUCUCAAAAUCGCUCCGGGGCAGAUUGCCGAAGUUACGUACGACCCUGCAAUUAAGCAGAAACGGUUUACGCCGAUUUCAAAUUUCAAUGGACGGAUCUACGCAAAAGCGGUCUUCCCGGCACUUAUUCAACCGUUGAGGGAGAAGAAGAACUCUUGA